UGUCCUCCGCGUCGACGAUGGCGGCAGACGCGACGGCAUCGACUUCGACAUCGGCAAAGUCGAACAAGACGCCUGGAACGGUCAGAGUGACAUCUUCUGGAAAAAUCCGAUAUUAUGUCGCGUACGCGCUUGAACGACUGCAGGACGCGCCCUCUGAACCGCUCAUACUACGCGUCGACUCGACUGUCGCGAUGUCUCGCCUUAUCUCUGUCGCCGAGAUCGUCAAGCGGGAGUAUCUCACCGAGCUAGACAAGAAGAAGAGCACAAGACUGAGCGGCUUGCAUCAAUACAACUUCAUCGGCUACACCGACGGCGCGCAGUUAUCGGACAAGGGCAAAGGCAAGGAGAAGGAAGUCAGCCGCCCUGAGGCUAUCCUUGACGCUUUAAGCGGAUCGAAGCACAUCGUGCAACGCCAGCUCCCUUGGAUGUCGAUCACUCUCAGCAUUGAGCCUUUGACCGGCCAAGCUGGCAGCUACCAACAGCCCCUCCCUCGAAACCUUACAAAGUCUGCCAAAACGCGCGCAAAGAAGCGAGCGCGGGCGGAAGCAAGGCAGGCCAAAGAAGUCGACAUGUCCAUGGGAGCCGACGAUGCCAUGGACGCAGAAGGCGCCCCAGGCGCAGACGAAACUAUGGACGGCGACGAUACCACGAGUGCGGACAAGACUAUCGGUGCGGACGAGACCAUGGCCGAUGAUGGAGGUGGAGGGUGCGCAGAGGACGCGAUGGAUACCGCUGCCGAUGGCGCGACAGCUUCGUCCAGCUCGACACAGCGAGUAGUCAAGCCGCUCCCGGGGAAGAAGGCGUCGAAGGAACCGGGGACGAAAGCUUCAACCAGUGACGGAAAGAAGUCUUCGACUAGCGCUGGAGGGAAGACCACGACAAGCGUCGGGAAGCGCGCGUCCACGUCGAGCAAGACGCAGCCCUCCGCGAGCACCCCGCGUACCUCGUCGUCGAAGAGUGCCACCCGAACGCAGCCUGCAACCUCGGCCUCGACUAGAUUGUCUGGCACGUCCGCGCAGUCCCAACCGCCACCGAAGAAGAAGAAGACUUAGACGAUGCCCUCGUUGGAAUCAGCGUCUUAGAAGAUGCGCACGUCGUCCAUACUAAUGCAGCAAGCCUCUAUCCUAACGCAGCGCGUCACCCUGCUGCAGCGGCCCACGCGCGCUGGAGAUUAGACCCUAUGGUUCACGAAGUCCUGCAUAUAGGCGGUGACCGCAUAUACCACACAGGGCUCCUUGCCGGCGGCUGAGCUCUCGUCCUGCGUUUCCGCGCGCCACGGGUCCCUCAGCGGAAGAUGUUCUCCGACGAGCGAUGCUGUCGUAUCCAUGUCGCUUUUGUGAGGAACGGCAUGUAGGAAGUGUCGUUGUAUGUCGCUGUUACGUCUAGGAUUGCUGUACUUAAUCGGACCGUGGGGCAACUUGGAGCUCAUUACAAUCUCGACGAUAAACAAUUGCAAGAAGUCAGGAUAUAGAUGUCGCCUAUGAGUGCUUUGCGCU